AUGUCUAAACUGGCAUUGUUCAAUGUGUAUAUAACUGAACGGCUAACAGCGGUGGCUGUGGAGAUAGCCGGGGUGGUAGAGAGAACCAUAACAGAAUACCAGGAGGAACUCUCUCGUUCAAAGGAGGAGAACGAACGUCUUCGACGGCUGCUGGAUUUCAAACUGCACAGAACAGACCCCCAGCAGCUCACGCUCCCAGUCUCUGAAAAGGAGGUUCCCCCUGAGCGGCAGCAUGGUGAGCAGAAGUGGGGCCCCAAUCUGGGGCAGAAGGACCCAGAGUCCACACAGAUUAAAGAUGAACAAGAGGAAAUCGGGACAAAUCAGGAGGAAGAGCUUGAAAGGCUAGAAUCUGAUACCAACAACUCCAUAUUCACUGUCUGUGAGGAGAGAGACAGUAACCCACCUUAUCCGCCCUAUCAAAUGCAUUUCUCAAGCCACACUUUCCAGAGCAAAGAGGAUGAUGUGUUAUGCAUCCUCAUUCCAAAAGAGAUCAAAACUGAGCCUGAUGGAGAGGACUACACAGUAUCAGAAGCAACCAGUGCCUCUCAGUCCCUAUCAGAAGGAUAUCUAGGCUGUUCUGCAGCUCAGAGUGAAAACAGCGGAAGUGACAACGAGGUGGAGAGUGGGGGACAACCGUCAGGGUCAAAGCCACUGGAAUCAUCCAGAAAAUGGGCAAAGAAAGAACUAAGCUUCCAUACCGUUGCUGGGGGCAGAGCGACCACAAAUGCUUCUCCUUAUUGUUGCAAGUUGUGUGGAAGUACAUUUGUGUACAUUGGUCCUUUAGUUAACCAUGUGAAAAAUGUACACACAAAGCAUACGAAAAUGUGUGGUGUGUGUGAAGAAGUCUUUGAGUCCAUGGCAAGUCUGACAGAUCACCUGCAAACCCACAUAAAAGCAACACGUACUUGUAAUGUGUGUGGCAAAUGCUUCCCUAGUGAUGCUAAUCUGAGAACACACAUGGUGUCUCACACAGGAGAGAAACAGUAUCAAUGCAAAGAAUGUGGGAAAUGCUUCAAAACUAAGGGAUAUAUGAAAUUGCAUAUGAGACUGCACACUGGGGAGAAACCAUUUCAGUGCAAAGAAUGUGGAGAAAGUUUCACUUGUAAUGGAUACUUGAAAGCACAUAUGAAGUUCCACACAGGGGAGAAAUCAUAUCGGUGUAAGGACUGUGGGCAAGACUUUGACCAGAAGACACAACUGGAAACGCAUAUGUGGACUCACAGAGGUGAGAAACCACAUGGUUGCAAGCAGUGUCCCAAAAGCUUCAAGCGCAAGGAAGAACUGACCAGACACACUGCGGUUCACACAGGAGAGAGACCUUUCAAGUGCACUGUUUGUGGACAUUGCUUUGCCACCCCAGGCAACCUGACACAACACCUGACCACUCACUCCGGAGAGAAACCGUAUCGGUGCAAAUUCUGUGGCAGAUGCUUUAGAAAUAAUCCGCUACUUAAAAGUCACCUGAGGAACCGUCACAAAUUUCAUGAAAGUGCCUGAUUCUCAGAAGAUGACUUAAAGGACAAGUUAAGUUUUUUUACAACCAAAUCUCUAUUUUUGAUGUAAAUAGCAUGUUCUUGAAGAGUACAGAUACCUUUUUUUGUGAUUUUGCAUGUUUGAGAAGCUUAACACAAACGGCAAAUCACUUCCUCAUCCUCGUUGUGUAGUAUGCAGUCCCUAAAAAAGCAGGAACAAAGGCUCCAAAAACACCCAAAUGUGUACUUUUAGUUCAUUCUGAACUUUAUCCACUGUUAUAUUACCUUGCACAAGUCAUUUCCCUUAUCCAGCUGUUCCAUUUUCUGUGUAGAGUGCUGCUACAUAACUGACAAAAUAAAGGAAACCCCAACAUAAAGCAUCUUAAUAUGGCAUUGGGCCACCACGAGCCGCCAGAAUAAUAUAUAUAAUAUAUGCCAUUUAGCAGACGCUUUUAUCCAAAGCGACUUACAGUCAUGUGUGCAUACAUUCUACGUAUGGGUGGUCCCGGGAAUCGAACCCACUACCCUGGCGUUACAAGCGCCAUGCUCUACCAACUGAGCUACAGAAGGACCACAGCUUCUAUACUCUUUGGCAUAGAUUCUACAAGUGUCUGGAACUUCCUGUGUGGAAGCACCCCAUGCUUUCAAUAUCACAUUUUAUUGGUCACAUACACAUUUAGCAGAUGUUAUUGCGGGUGUAGCGAAAUGAUUGUGCUCCUAGCUCCAACAGUGCAGUAGUAUCUAAAAAUGAUUCACAACAAUACACACAUCGAAAAGUUAAAUCAUGGAAUUUAUAAAUAUUAGAUCGAGCAAUGUAGGCGUGGCAUUGACUAAAAUACAAUAUAAUAUAAUACAGUAUACAUAUGAGAGAGUAAAGCAGUAUGUAAACGUUAUUAAAGUGACAAGUGUUCCAUUAUUGAAGGGGCCAGUGAUUCCAAGUCUGUAGAUAGAGCAGUAGCCUCUAAGGUGAAGGCUUGCGUAACAAGGUGGAAGCCGGCUAGUGAUGGACUGAAAAACAGCUAAUAUCAGGUCCCAGCUUUUAUGUACCUGUACUGACCUCAUCUUCUGGAUGAUAGCGGGGUGAACAGGCCGUGGCUCAGGUGGUUGAUGUCUUUUGAAGAUCUUUUUGGCCUUCCUGGGUGCUGUAGGUGUCCUGGAGGGUAGGUAGUUUGCCCCCGGUGAUGCGUUGGGCAGAGCACACCACCCUCUGGAGAGCCCUGCGGUUGCGGGUGGUGCAGUUGCCAUACCAGGCAUUGAUACAGCCCAACGGGAUGCUCUCAAUUAUGCAUCUAUAAAAGUUUUAGGUGCCAAGCCAAAAUUCUUCAGGCUCCUGAGGUCUUUGUGGUUGGACCAUUUCAGAACGUCAGUGAUGUGAACGCCGAGGAUCUUGAAGCUUUCCACCUUCUCCACUGCAGUCCCGUUGACGUGGAUAGGGCCGUGCUCCCUCUGCUGUUUGCUGAAGUCCAGAAUCAGAUCCUUUGUUUUGUUGACGUCGAGUGAGGUUAUUUUCCUGGCACCCCUCUCCCAGGGCCCUCACCUCCUCCCUUUUAUACUUUGUAUCUCUUGUUUACUCAAGACGUUCCUUUAUUUUGGCAGUUACAUGGAGAAUGGACAGAGGUAUUGCUGGAGUCACAACAAAAUGUUGCGGAUAAAGUUCUGAAUGACACGAUAUCUAAAGACCUAAUGAAAUGACAUAUUUGUUCAUGUUUUUCAGGGCCCCCAUACUACACAAUGGGGAAGUUAUUCAAGUUUCUCAAAAACAUGGGAAAUCACAAAAAAGGUUCCUGGACCCUUCUAUAACAUGCCAUUUACAUCAAAAAUAGUGAUUUGGUUCUAAAAAAAAAAAGGAAACUUCUCCUUUAAGUUUAAAAUAGACACUGCCUUUUGGUUGGUGGUGCAUUGGAACAUAAUGUACAAUAUAAUCUAUAAAACAAUGGAUUUAGAUGCUCUCUUUCAGGCUAUGCCUUCAGUCAGAGUUGUGAAUACUAAUCUGCUUUUUACUAUUAAAUAAAGGCCUUCUAUAUAUAUAUUCCCAUGAGAGCACACUAUUUUCAUUUUUGUGAAGGAACUUACAAAACUGCCCCUGUACAUUCUUUAUAUAAAUAAAAAUGGGUUCAGGGGGAUGUAAAUGUUUUGUUUGGCAUAUUAUAUGGAUGCUACAGAGUACAAUGAACCUUCUAUUGAGAUACGA